CACAGCAUGAGGCAGGAAGCAAGCACCCCAAAGGGACUAUUUACCUAAAGGAUUGUAUAUUUUUAUUUCUCUUUGCUGGAUUAUAACUUUCUUGGAAAACAUUCAAGUGAGUGGUGGUAUGCUGACCUGCCUUUUUCAAAGAGCGUUUAUGGCCCACGGCAUUUCCACGACAGAACCACUUGCAAAGACUAGUCUACUGCUGGAGAAAACUUGAAGCUUGUUGUUAUUUUCACUUACAGCCAAGGCUUGAAAUGGUUGGCGUGAAACCCAAAGACAUGGUGCCCUCUGCGGCUGUCAAGUUCUUCGGAGCGGGUACCGCCGCCUGCAUUGCUGACCUCGUCACCUUUCCAUUAGAUACUGCCAAAGUCAGACUACAGAUUCAGGGAGAGUCUCAGAAGGCUGCAGGCGGCGGUGCAGUGAAGUAUCGGGGGGUGUUUGGUACCAUCACCACCAUGGUGCGCACAGAGGGGCCCAGGAGUCUCUACAACGGCCUGGUGGCGGGACUCCAGAGGCAGAUGAGCUUCGCCUCCGUUCGUAUCGGCCUUUACGAUUCAAUGAAGCAAUUCUACACUCGUGGCACUGAGAGUGCUGGGAUUGUGACUCGGCUCAUGGCGGGCUGCACCACGGGGGCCAUGGCUGUGGCUUUUGCACAACCAACAGACGUGGUGAAGGUGCGUUUCCAAGCCCAGGUGCGACUGGCUGACGGCGGGAGGAGAUACAACAGCACUCUGGAUGCCUACAAGACGAUCGCCAGAGAUGAGGGCGUGCGAGGGCUUUGGAAAGGUACAGCUCCAAACAUCACCCGUAACGCCAUUGUGAACUGUGCAGAGCUGGUGACCUAUGAUAUGAUCAAAGAACUCAUCCUGAAGUACGACCUAAUGACGGACAACCUGCCGUGUCACUUCACAGCUGCCUUCGGUGCAGGUUUCUGCACAACAGUGGUGGCUUCUCCGGUGGACGUAGUGAAAACACGGUUCAUGAACUCAGGAACUGGUCAGUACAGCAGCGCAGUCGGCUGCGCUCUGACAAUGCUGAAAAAUGAAGGACCUACAGCCUUCUAUAAAGGGUUCAUGCCGUCGUUCCUGCGACUGGGGUCCUGGAACAUUGUGAUGUUUGUGACUUAUGAACAAAUAAAACGAGGUAUGACCAGAGCACAGCAGUACUGGGAGUCACCGUUUUGACAGCAGGGAUCAGAAGCUGUUUUUGACACAACGGUCUAACAUGCACCACAAUGCGGUGGUGACUAAGGGUUGGAAAAAGGAGACCUGUAGGAGGCCCAAAGCAUCGAAUGCUUUCGGGGCCAUCGGUCACAUUACUGACGUGGCUCGGAGGUGGACUUUACGUAAUAAAGACUUGUGGCAGGGAGACUUUUGGGUCAUCGGUGCAAUACCAGAUGUAAGGAUUGGAGUAUGAAGAGACAUUGAAUGUUUUGUAAUGGUCAGUACUUCCAUUGCAAGAAGCUCCUUCAGGUAUUAAAGAUGGCUGUGAAAUGUUUAAUCCGGAGGUUUGUGGCUGUUUGAAGGUGACGUUUACAAGAAUGAACUGAUAGCUCAUGUGAUUGAUUUGAACAUGUAUAAUAUUUAUAUGGCGUAAUAUUUAUGUUUUUGUGAGUUUUCAAUGCAAACAAAAGAGAUACUGAAACCUAAACAGUGACCAUUUCUACAGUAUGUCCUUUACAUUGUCGUCUGUGUUGUGAAUUGUUUACACUGUUCAGUAUUGUUUGUGGUUCGUAGUCAGGGAUCUGUAGUUGAAUGUACACGAUUCUCAUGGUCAACUGUAUGAUUUGUUGCUGGUCGAUGAGUCGUGAUCAUGUUACGCACAAUGAAACGUGAUGUCAAAAUCAAUAAAGUGGUCUUUUUCCCCC